AUGUCCGCCGAACCCAACACCCCGGCAGAAGAACAGCUGGAUCACACAAAUGACCACGAAAAAGCCGAUGAAUUAGCGAGAGCUGCCAAAAAUUUUGAAGAAUCCGACCAGCCAAACCAGUCACAACGCGAGCAUGCCUCUCGGCCCAACUCAGACACAAGUUUCGAUGAAUCCUCGAAAGAAAUUCACCGCGGCAGCAAGCGCGAACUCACCGAGGAUGACUGCUACGACAAGCUCGGCUUCUGCUUUCCCUGGUACAAGAAAUGGACUAUCCUCACAGUCAUCUUCAUCGUGCAGAUGUCCAUGAACUUCAACACGGGCGUCUACGCCAAUGCGGUCCCAGGGCUUCAGCAGGAGUUCGGCAUUAGUGCACAGGCGGCCCGUGUCGGCCAGAUGAUCUUCUUGGUGACAUACGCCUUUGGCUGUGAGCUGUGGGCACCCUGGAGCGAGGAAUUUGGUCGCUGGCCCAUCAUGCAGCUGAGUCUGUUUCUGGUGAACGUCUGGCAGAUACCCUGCGCCGUGGCACCGAACUUUGGGACAAUCGUUGUGUGUCGGGCGCUCGGUGGACUUAGCUCAGCCGGAGGCUCAGUGACGCUCGGCAUGACGGCCGAUAUGUGGGAGGCCGAGGAUCAAGGAUAUGCGGUUGCGUAUGUCGUUCUCUCGUCGGUUGGGGGGUCGACCAUCGGCCCCUUCUUUGGUGGGUUUAUCGGCCAAUACCUGUCCUGGAACUGGGUGUUCUGGGUGCAGUUGAUCUUCGGCGGAGUCACCCAGGCCCUGCAUUUUUUCCUUGUCCCGGAAACGCGCGCCACAAUCCUCAUCGACCGCGAGGCACGCCGUCGCCGCAGGACCGGCGACGAGGUCUACGGCCCGAACGAGCUCAAGACGCCCCGGCUGGACGCCAAGGACGUACUGCGAGUCUGGCGCCGGCCCUUUGAGAUGUUCCUGCGUGAGCCGAUCGUGCUCUGUCUUUCCCUACUGUCCGGUUUCUCCGACGCGCUCAUUUUCAUCUUCACCGAGUCGUUCAGCCUUGUUUUCGAACAGUGGAGCUUUAGCACCCUCGCCGUCGGCAUGACCUUUGGCUCGAUUCUGAUCGGCUACGUGAUCGCCUACCUGAUCUUCUUGCCCGAUAUCUGGCGUCAGCGCAACAUCCGCAAGAUGCACGGCCCUGGCGCCCGGCUCCCCGAGCGCCGCCUCCUCCUUCUCCUAUUUAUCGCACCCCUGGAACCAAUCGGGCUGCUGGGCUUCGCCUGGACCUCGAUGGGACCGGCCUAUACUCCUUGGAUCGCACCAUGCAUCUUCGCCUGCCUGAUCGCCAUGGCUAACUACGGCAUCUAUAUGGCCACAAUCGACUACAUGGUCGCCGCGUAUGGACCUUACUCCGCCUCAGCGACAGGUGGGAACGGCUUCGCGCGGGAUUUCCUGGCGGGAAUUGCGACCAUGUAUGCUACCCCUAUGUACGAGAAUAUCGGGGGAAAGUUCCAUCUGCAGUGGGCGAGUACACUGCUUGGAUGCGCGGGCGUUCUGGUGCUCAUCCCGUUAUACAUCUUCUACUGGAAGGGCCCGAUUAUUCGGGAGAGAAGCAAGUUUGCGCAGACGCUGGAGGCAGACCGGCAGAGGCAUAUGAGUCGUCGGGCGAGUUACUUGCCGGGCGAGCAGAAGCCGUACGAUGCUUGA